GCCAGCCGCCCGCGCGUCGGUCCGUCGGUCGGUGCGCGCAGGGCCCAUGGAGCUGCCCGCCAGCAACACCAGCUGCCAGAACGGUUCCCUGAUCAGCUUGUACUGCUCCUCCCACCAAGUGGUGUGCCAGAUCGUCGGUGACCUCAGCCCCCAGGUGCCCAGCAAUGUCACCUCUCACGACUGGAAGGAAAGGUUCAGGCAGAACUACAGCUUCUACAUUGGUCUGGGCCUGGCCUUCUUGUCUAGUUUCCUCAUCGGCAGCAGCGUCAUCCUCAAGAAGAAAGGCCUUCAGCGACUGGUGGCCUCUGGGGCCACACGGGCCGUGGACGGAGGGUAUGGCUACCUGAAGAAUGCCAUGUGGUGGGCUGGAUUUCUCACCAUGGCUGCUGGAGAAGUUGCCAACUUCGGGGCCUACGCAUUUGCCCCUGCGACAGUCGUCACGCCUCUGGGAGCGCUGAGUGUCCUCAUAAGUGCCAUCCUGUCCUCAUACUUCCUGGGAGAGAAUCUGAAUCUGCUGGGGAAGCUGGGCUGUGUGAUCUGUGUGGCCGGCAGCACAGUGAUGGUGAUACACGCCCCCGAGGAAGAGAAGGUCUCCACCGUCGUUGAGAUGGCUGCCAAAAUGAAAGACACAGGGUACAUCGUGUUUGCUGUGCUUCUGCUGGUGUUCUGCCUCAUCCUCAUCUUCGUCAUCGCGCCACGCUACGGACAAAGGAAUAUCCUCGUUUACAUCGUCAUCUGCUCGCUGAUCGGGGCCUUCUCCGUGUCCGCCGUCAAGGGCCUGGGCAUCACCAUUAAGAACUUCUUCCAGGGAAUGCCAGUUGUGCGGCAUCCCCUCCCCUACAUCCUGUCCCUCAUCCUGGCACUUUCUCUCAGCACUCAGGUCAACUUCCUGAACAGGGCACUAGACAUUUUUAAUACCUCCCUGGUGUUCCCCAUCUAUUACGUGCUCUUCACCACGGUGGUGGUUACCUCCUCCACUAUCCUCUUCAAGGAAUGGUACAGCAUGUCUGCAGUGGACAUUGUGGGCACCCUCUCUGGCUUUGUCACCAUCAUUCUGGGUGUGUUCAUGCUUCAUGCUUUCAAAGACCUGGACAUCAGCCACACCAGCUUGCCCCACAUGCACAAAAACCCAACCCCCUCUCCCACCCCUGAGCCCACUGUCAUUAGACUAGAAGACAAGAAUGUCCUUGUGGAUAGCAUAGAACUCUCCAGCACCCCAUCACCAGAAGAGAAGCCCAAAGUAUUUAUAAUCCACUCUUAAAGCUUGGAAUCCAUGAGUGAGAAGAUGAGCUCUACGGUACAGCCUGACCUCUCCAUUUCAGAGGCACCUGGUUAUCUUCACCAGCCCUGUUACCAAUGGGCUCUCUUUUCUUGAGAUGUUCAUCUAUACCUCAUCACUGUUUCUAGAAGGAAAGUCCCUACCCAGUGAGUGGUGGUGGCAGAACUUCGUGGAAACAGCCUCAGUGACCGAAUACAUUGGUGCCAGCAGGUCCCCUGGACCUCCCUUCCCACUUGUUUCCUCAGUGCCAUUGCUGUGUUGGUGAGAAGAAGAGAGAAUUUGACCCGCUGAAUGUAGCACAGGCCAAGACCUUCCCUGCGAUGCUGGUUGUCGGGAAAUCCUUAGCACUGGUUCUCCUGAGACUGAAUCCCAUUCCUCGGCCCAAGGAUGAAGUGCAGCAGGUUCCUAAAGGCCCAGACAGCAAUUCAUCAUGCCCCGCCUCCCCCCCGCCCCCAUCCAGAGCUGACAACUAAUGUGACACGUCCUGCUGCUUUUGCCACUUGGUCUUUGGAGACAAAAGCAUGACCUCAGCUGACCUUCUUACUGUGAAAACCAUCUGAUGUCUCAAGGAACAUUUCCACCAACCCCAUUCCCCGAGCACUCCAGCCUGGAGGUCAGCAUCUUAUUUUCCGUCCACUCUGCCCCAAUCCCUGCCCCUUCCAUCUCUCUUUCUGGCCAAAGGAGUUGUCACUGAGACAUUCGGGCAAUUACCUUAGAACUCAAAACAAAAUGACAAGAACAACAACAAAAGAUCCUCCACAGCCAAGCUCUGCUGGUGCAAGCCAGUGUUUCAUUUUGCCUCGCUCUGGAAAGAGAACAGCAUUUGCACUGCUCUUAAAAGUAGUCUGGCUGUCAAGAUAAAAUUUGGCAGAACGCACUUUCCUUUUCCUCAAGGAGUCAACCAAAAUAUGAUUUGGGGAGAUGGGGAGAAGGAGGAACAAUGUUGGGAUUUGGCAGAAAGCAGCCAUAGGCCCUCUAGAAACCUGGCGCUAACUUUUGUGUUUACUCUGGUGCCCAACCAAGAACCCAGGUGGAAGGGGCUCCGGGUAAUUUCUGGGAUGUAGCCUUAGAGGCCUGAGCAGUGGGAUCAGCUUUGAACUUUAGUGACCAAUGGGGCGCAGGCUUGGCAUGGGGUGCAUUCUGGCUGUUGAUCAGAUCGCCCCCAAGCACGCAAUCCCACUGAUGAGCUCCCCGCCCCGGGAAGCAGCAGGUCAUGACUGUUCCACCACCAUCUGCUCUGGGGACUGCCUUUAGUCCCCUCACAUUUGACCAGAAGCUUUCAAAACACAAGAGCAGCUAGAGAGAGAGAAUUUCCUUCUUGUCUUCUUUCUAGUUCCAGGAGUAUGGGAGUUGGUUGAAGGACCACUGAAAGGGAAGUAAGAGAGCCAGUAUCUCUGUAAAGAGGGAAGGCUUGGUCCUCAGCCCCCAGGUGGGCACAGAGCCUCCCCUGUGUAACCCUAUACCUGUGUCCUGUGUUGAUGUCCCAUGCCCUAAGCACAGCCAAACCCGGGCAGGACUCUUGCUGGCCUUGAAGCUCCAAAGGCUUGGCUGACCCACAGACUGGCUUCCUGCACCUCCAGCCUCAAAACCCCGGUUUUUAAUGAAUGUGGAUUUCUGUCUGUAACUAAAAUCAAUGCAACAUGUUGGAUCUUGAGAAUGGCAGUCAUCUAAGGGCCCUGAGAGUGUGGUCUACAGGGUCAAGAAUAAAGACC